GCAGAGCAGCCAGCGCGUGGAAGGGGCAGGCAGCACCCAAAGGCUGAUGUCUUGCUGCGGAAGGGAGUUUGUUGCAAAGGCUGAGCAGCUCCAAGCCGCUCUCCGGAGGGGCAGAGCACAGGUUCCUUGCCUCACCAGCAGGUCCUUGUAGGGCUUCAGCUCUGUGCAUGAGUGGAAAGCAGAGGAGAGGCCAAAGCCCAGUGCACACCUGGCAUCUGAUCCCCCAGCAUCCUGCCUUCAUCUGACCCAGGUGAGAGAUAGGAUGGUAGCCGGGGAGGCGAGUAUGCGCAGCCCAAUCCUGGCCUGCUGGCAGCCGAUCCUCCUGCUGAUGCUGGGAUCCAUCCUGUCCGGCUCCGCCACGGGCUGCCCGCCGCGCUGCGAGUGCUCCGCCCAGGAGCGCGCCGUCCUGUGCCACCGCAAGCGAUUCAUGGUCGUGCCAGAGGGGAUCCCCACCGAGACCAGGCUGCUGGACUUGGGCAAGAACCGCAUCAAGACGCUCAACCAGGAUGAAUUUGCCAACUACCCUCACCUGGAGGAGCUGGAGCUAAACGAGAACAUUAUCAGUGCCAUUGAACCUGGGGCUUUCAACAACCUCUUCAACCUCAGGACGCUGGGGCUCAGGAGUAACAGACUCAAGCUGAUCCCUUUGGGGGUGUUUACUGGACUCAGCAACCUUACCAAGCUAGACAUUAGUGAGAAUAAAAUUGUGAUCCUCCUAGAUUACAUGUUCCAGGACUUGUACAACCUGAAGUCUUUGGAGGUGGGUGACAACGACCUCGUCUACAUCUCCCACCGGGCCUUCAGUGGCCUCAACAGCCUGGAGCAGCUGACUCUGGAGAAAUGCAACCUGACCUCCAUCCCCACGGAGGCCCUGUCUCACCUUCACGGCUUGAUUGUGCUGCGGCUGCGCCACCUGAACAUCAACACCAUCCGGGAUUACUCAUUCAAGAGGCUGUACCGGCUUAAGGUCCUCGAGAUCUCACACUGGCCCUACCUGGAUACCAUGACAUCCAACUGCCUCUAUGGGUUGAACCUGACCUCCUUGUCCAUCACCCACUGCAACCUGACGUCCAUCCCAUACGUAUCGGUGAGGCACUUGGUUUACCUCCGGUUCCUGAACCUGUCCUACAACCCCAUUGUCACCAUCGAGGGCUCAAUGCUCCAUGACCUGCUCAGGCUCCAGGAGAUCCAGCUGGUGGGAGGGCAGCUCACCACGGUCGAGCCCUUCGCCUUCCGCGGCCUCAAUUACCUGCGCAUCCUGAACGUGUCAGGGAACCUGCUGACCACCCUGGAGGAGUCAGCUUUCCACUCGGUGGGCAACCUGGAGACGCUCAUCCUCGACAACAACCCCUUAGCCUGCGACUGCCGGCUGCUCUGGGUUUUCCGGCGGCGAUGGAGGUUGAACUUCAACAAGCAGCAGCCCACCUGCUCCACCCCCGAGUUCGUCCAGGGCAAGGAGUUCAAGGACUUCCCUGACGUCCUCCUGCCCAACUACUUCACCUGCCGCCGAGCACGAAUACGGGACCGCAAACCUCAGCAGAUCUUCGUGGACGAAGGCCACACGGUGCAUUUUGUCUGCCGGGCAGAUGGGGACCCGCCGCCCACCAUCAUGUGGCUGUCUCCCCGGAAGCACCUCAUCUCUACCAAAACCAACGGGCGGCUCACUGUCUUCCCUGACGGCACGCUGGAGGUGCGCUACGCCCAGAUCCAGGACAAUGGCACCUACCUAUGCAUCGCCAGCAACGCGGGUGGCAACGACACCAUGCUGGCCCACCUGCACGUGCGCAGCUACUCCCCAGACUGGCCCCACCAGCCCAACAAGACCUUCGCGUUCAUCUCCAACCAGCCCAACGAGAGCGAUGCCAACAGCACGCGCGCCACCGUGCCUUUCCCCUUUGACAUCAAGACUCUCAUCAUCGCCACCACCAUGGGCUUCAUCUCCUUCCUGGGCGUCGUGCUCUUCUGUCUGGUGCUCCUCUUCCUCUGGAGCCGCGGGAAAGGCAACACCAAGCACAACAUUGAAAUCGAGUACGUGCCACGGAAGUCCGACGCGGGCAUCAGCUCUGCCGACGCGCCGCGCAAGUUUAAUAUGAAAAUGAUUUAACCAGGCGACAAUUUGCAAAUAAUAAUGGUGUUGUUUUGUUUUGUUUUUUUAAAAAAAAAGAACAAAUGAACAAAUAAAAAAUAAUUAACAAACAUUGCUACAAACAUACCGACCUCUCUCCUUCCACCGUGCCCUCUGCCCCUGUCCAAACCCACUGCGCCCGCACUGUCACCACCUCCUCCUCCUCUUCUUUAUACCAGGAAAACAUUCAGCCGAUGUCUUCAGGACUCCUGUGUUUGUAAGGACUUUGUCUGAUGGACUCUGGUGUCAGAUAUAACUCUGAGAGGGGAAAAACAACGGGGGGGGUGGGAAAAAGAAAGAAAAAAGAAAUAAAAUCAAUAAAAAAGUUACGAACUUUCUUCUGUAACUUUGAUUUCAAUAAUUAUGGAUUUUUAUGAAAACUUGAAAUAAUAAAAAAACCCUAUUUCCUAUAGAUA